AUGGAUGAUAUGCCUAAUAAAACCUCAGGCAAUUCUAAACUUCCACCAGAGAAACCAACAAUAAAGGCGGAAAAAGGCUGGUACGCCUCAGGAGACUCUUUAAGAGCCCAGUGCUCAUCACCCCCUGCCGAUCCACCAGCAAAUCUCACGUGGCUUUUAAAUGGCCGUGACAUUACAGUGAACACAAAGAAAGCAUACUAUUAA